CUGAAAGAACUUUCAGCAAAAAAACAUGCUCCUUUCGUUUCGGUCGUGGUCGAAAUCGGUGAAAAUGGUUUUGAAAAAGAUUGUUCAGUGAGUGUGGCCGGAGAUUUUCGCAGUUUUAAUUCGUGCAUUUCCCUAAAAUGUAAUCCACUCGUCACCGCGUACCCCAUUGAUAGUGGCUUUUCUGUGUGAAAUUCACUAUCGCCCACACGUCUUUUCCAAUCGCUCGCGGAAACUUUUUUUUUUCUCUUCUGAUUUGUGGCAAAUUUUGUGCAAGUGAAGCAAUGGCUAUGCGACGGCCACGCGUUAAGGUUGCGGCGAACCUGGCAAUUCGCCGGCCCGCGAAACCAGCAUCCUCCGGGGCCGGUUCCGGAGAUGUCAAGCCGGGGGAUGCCGUGGCCGCCGUCAAGGUUGAGUCGGUAAAGCGUGAAAGUGCGGCGAUUGCCGUGGCGGAGGCCGAGGUCACUCCGGAGGCCGUCGAGCCACCGACUGGGGAUAUCGAUUCCGGUGAUGUUCCGACCAAGGCCGAGGUUUUGGGUUCGGGGGGGGAGGGGAAAGCUGCGCAGGAUGCGGACCAGUCGACUUUUAAAUUUCCAAAUCCAGUGGAGGAACCGCCCCGGAUUAUGACGCCAGCGCCAACGCCACAGUCUCCACUUGAGGUCAACACCGACGAGCCACACUCGCCGAAGAAGCUCGAUUCCAAGUUUGCCUACAUCAACGCCCUGAACAGCCCUCGGAAGCGCAUCCGGACGGAAUCGAUGACCUCAAACAAAUCGUACUCGGACGUGAGUCUCAAGUCCCGCAAGACCAUCAAGCAGGAAGUGUCCCAAAAGGCAUCGGACGCCCGGAGAGACCUCCGCAAGCGGCUAAACAACAUCCAGAACAUCGACAAGCAAUCGCUCACAAUGUUUGACAUGAUUUACUACAACCCCGUGAAGAACCCGAUGAAAAGCCCGGCCCUCAGCAAGAAAGGCUCGCUGGAGAACAUUCCGAACACGGUCGGUCGGGAAUCCCGAGGCGUCAGCAAAUCUCGCUCUCCCACGCCGGCUCCGACCCGUCCCAUUCCGGAUCCGCCCAAGGCAACGAUCCAAAUGACGCCCCAGCUCAAGCUCGGUCCCAACGGUGAGAUGAUCCUCGACGAAACCAGCCUGGUCGUGGAGAACGAGCGCGAGCGGGAAAUGCGCGACACGCUGGCCAAAACGGAGGUCGUCUACAUGGACGAGUUCAGCGGGAAUUCCGGCUAUUACAGCAGAUUUAAGCGGACCAAGGACUGGGCCCCAGAGGAGACGAUUCGGUUCUACCGCUGUCUGCACACGAUCGGGACCGACUUUUCCAUGAUGAUUCAGCUGUUUCCGAACCGGAGUCGGAGGGAUCUGAAGCUAAAGUUCAAAAAGGAGGAACGGCUCAACCUUAUGUUGAUCAACAAGGCGCUGCUCUACCCAAAGCAAUUCAACAUCGAGGAGCUGAAGCAACAGUUCGAAGAGGAGGACGAACAGCUCGAGCGCCAACGGGAACAGGAACGCCAGCAGAAGCUCGAAGCGGAGGAAAAACUGCUCCAGCAAAAGUUGGCCAAGAAGAUGCAGCUCAACCAAAACAAAAGCCGGAACCCGAAGAAGCGGGUGAGCAAAUCGGCCCGCGUCAUGCUGGACGGCGAGCAACUGGUCAAAUCGGAACCCCUCAUGAAGGAGCCGAAACCGCGGAAGAAACGUCGGAAGAAGGAAGUGGUUUCGGAGGCGCGCGUUCCGGAGGAGCAGCAGCAACAGGGGCAGGAACAGCGCGUUGAUGAUCCACCUGCGGCCGUGCAAGAACCGGUUUAUGAGCAGAAACAGGUUGAGUUGUACCCGCAGAGCUUCCAGGCGAAUGCGGAGCAGUACAUUGUUGGGGAAGUCCAGGAAGAUCACACGCUCGACAUUGCGUCCAUGGACAUUUCGAUUGUGGACGAGGAAUCGCGUAGCGUGUACGAGAUUAAAGCGGAACCGAACGUUCAUCCGGUGUUGCCAAGGUACGAAACGCUGCGAGCCGACCAGUUCGCGAACGUUCCGAACGUGGUCACGAUCCAGAAUCUGGACGACCAGAGCCAAACGACGAUGAUCUACCAGGAGCCGACGGUGACGACUACGGCGGAACCCGUCGACCAAGGACUGGACUCGAUCGAGGCCAAAUACUACGGCGCGUGCGACGUCGUCUACUUCCCGAUGCCGGUGGACGCUCCGGUAGCGCAUCCGGUCAAGACUGAACCAUCGUACUCGCGGCGAGCGCCGUCCCCCGCCUUGCAGUACGAUUUGCAUCCGGUGUUGGCACCCGCAGCUUACCGGGAACCAGAACCACCGGCGGCCGUUGAACCUGAAACGUACGAAGAAUCGGAACCGGAAACAUUCGACCAUCAAGCUAGUCCAUCGCCGCCACCGGAAGUGCCCUCCAAGGUGGAACAGGUUGAAAAGCAGGAGCAACUGCCCGCGCAGGAGGUGGAGGACACCCCAGAGGAAGACUAUGGCGCGGUUGAUGAAGGAGAAGUUGGAGAGAAACAGGAAGAGGAAGAGCCAGAGGAACCGCGCGGUCUCGGACCACUUGAGGACAUUGACAUCAACUCGCUGGUGCUGGUCGAGAGUCAGGACACGCAAAACCCGGGCCGAACCAUCUACGAGAUCUACGUGGCGGAUCCGGACACGGGCAAGCUAAGCGAAAAGCCGCUGGACGUGCCGGACGAUGUGAUCGAGAACAUUCGCUCCAUCCUGGAAGUGGGCGAGGACUAAGUUGUCGUUUUGUUGUUUUGCCUUUCUCUGUUUUCUAAUCUGUUAAGCAUUAAGCAGUCCGCUGCCGGGAACUAGAAUUAGGAAGCGUCAUUCGGAUGUUUCAAGCUGAAUACUACGUAAGGUGUGUAAAUAAGUGCUAGAGAAAUAAACUUUUAUUUAUCAAAUUAAAAAAAA